AAUAAAUCCAGAGGUCUCCAAUUGACUCUUGUACUUGUCAAUUGUACAGAGGGGCGGGAUUUAAAGAGGCUGUGACGCCACUGAGAUGAAAAGGGAAAAAACUUGUGUCCAAUAUGGCGUCGUAGAACAGUGCGUCCAUUGGAAAACAAUAGCGAACGAUGGGAGGGAGAGUUUGUUUGGAUUUUCAAAUAUUUUGGUAUCUAUAGUUAUUUGUUUAAUGUUAAUUCAGGGCUGGGAAUUUUAGUGGAUCUAUUUAUUUAUUUAUUUAUUUAUUUUUUUUAGGGGGGGGGGGGUGCUUUUUUUUGGUAAUUCGUCUUUUUUAUUUUUAACAUGCAUGUUUUUUGUUUGUGUAUAUCCAUGAAGUUGUCCAAAGAAGAUACUUUAUCAGCAGCAACUACUAAGUAAAAAAAGUAAUUUUCGUAUUGUUGUUUUUUCUUUUUCUUUUUUUUUUUUAAUCAACGGUUGUCGUCUGUGCCUGGGUUUUAAAUCGGUCUGUGAAUUUUCAUUGUGUAUUUGGGUGAAGCGCCAGGCAGUGUUUUGAAUCUUUACUGUAUCGAACGGGACAGGGUAACAAAAGUGAGUUUAACUUUUUUUUUUUUCCCCAGAAAACAUGUACUGUUAUUAGUCGAUGUAAUUUUCAGCGUUUUUUUUUUUGUUUUUUUUGUUUUGGAAGCCAAGAUCGGCGUUAGUUGUUAAAAGCAAGCAAGCAAGCAAACAAACAAACAAACAAAAAAAAAGAACACCAUGAUUUUACUAUGUUGGACUGCAGUGUGUAUAACUUGUGAGAAGUUUCUGUGCAGCUGAAAACAAAUACAAUUCCCAUGGCUUUCAAUUUAUUUUACUUAACCGGAAACUAAUUAUUAGUUUGACUGUCGGUGAGUUUUAAAAUGUUCCUUUGAUUAGAUUUAAGCCUGACGCCACUUAAACCCGAGCUCUUAGUCGGAACUGAUUAUUUACAUGCCCAUUGAUGAUGGCGGAUUUUGUUGUGCCGCGACACAGCGCGGUGAUGGAGAGGCUCAGGCGGCGGAUCGAGCUUUGCCGGCGGCAUCACAGCGGUUGCGAGAGCCGCUACGACAACACGGCUAUGGAGCGGCUAGAGAUGGAAAGGCAGCACACCUUUGCCCUGCACCAGCGCUGUCUCCAGACCAAAGCCAAGCGGGGCAACAAGCACAAGCAGCCACAGCCUGCACCCGAUCAGACUGCACUGAGGGGGGCUGGCACUGGAGGCAGCAACUCUGACGUACCAGAUAGUGGAGCUACCGAGCAGAGCAGGAACAGCACCCUGAUUGCGCUCCAAGAAACAGUUAAGAGGAAGCUGGAGAAUGCUGCAUCUCCUCUGAAUGGGGAUCAAACAAAUGGUUUUGCAGAUGCAUACUCUGCAAACAAGAAGCCCCGGCUGGAUGAUCCUCUGAACUCCAAUGGGGUAUCCAAUGGUUUACCUCCCGUCUCCCCCUUGCACCAAUUGGACACAAAGCACUCUGGUGGUAGGGAGAGGCUGAUACCCAAUGGUAACCACUCUUUGGGCCUGGACCGGCUCAACAACAAAAGCACUGUCAGCCUUCAUGAGCCCGGGCUAGGUGAGACCCGGGAGUUGGAUGAUCGAUUUCUUCUCAAAGAGUUCAAACAGGAGCCGGAGGAUGAUAUUUUGCCAUGUUUGCCGCCGGCCGGAAGCAACCUCAUGCCUGACCUCAAUUUGAACGAACAAGAGUGGAAGGAGCUCAUCGAGGAGCUGAACCGCUCUGUACCAGAUGAGGACAUGCAGGACAUUUUCAAUGAUGACUUCGGAGACCGGAAAGACCCUGAUCCCAUGACCCCAGCCGCACACACACUCUUGCCGCAGGAUGCAGUCGGCAUCAAGGCAGAGUUCUCCUUGGCAGUCACAUCUUUAGACCAAGAGCAACGGACAGUGUCCCCUGAGGUGAGGCCCAUGUCUUCUGGUCCUCCCCAACACCCCCCUUCCUUCAACAACACCACUAAAGCCUCUUCACCAGCGAUGCCUAACUUGCAGCCUCCAAGUCAGUCCCAAAGGCAACUGCCACAGAAUGUCUUGUUGCCUAAACCUUCCUCCAGCGAGCUCUCCUUAGCUCUGCAGCUUCAGCAGCUGGCAGCCCGGGAACAGCAGAGGGCUCAGCUCAUGCAGAAUCAACAGCAGCAGCAACAGGUCCAACAGCAGCAGCAACAACAAGCUCAGACAUUCCAUCAACCCAACCACCAGCCCAACUGGCCACAAGCUGUAACUUAUGGCAUGGAGAAGUCCACCAGCCCACCUGUUUACCAGCAGGACUUCUCCAACUCCAAGCAGAUGAUGCUGCCCAAUGUGUUGAACAAGAAUUCUCCCAAAGCGGCCGCUGCUGGAUACCUCCAAACCUCCCCGAACCCCAAUGUGAUGGCCCACCCGCCCACAAGCUUGAACCAAAACUCUGUCAACAGCCAGGCGUCAAUGUUAAACUACAGGAACACAAAACCUCUAUCCCACUAUGAGUUGGACCAUGGGCCAAGAGUGACUCAGCCGCCUCAGAACAAAGCUGCCAUGCUGGCUUAUUUGCAGCAGCAGCAGCAAAGGCAACAGCAGUUGGCUCAUCUCACAGAGGAACAGAAACAGAUGAUCAAACAAAAAGCUGGGCUGCCGUACCGACCUACUGUGCCCCAAACUCAGGAUCAAAACUCUGUGCAGACUGUCGCCCAGGUUCCAGGCGCUGUCCUAACUGCAGGCAUGGGACUCCAGCCACCAGCUACUGCCUUAGCAGGGAAACAUGGCAAUGUCGCCUAUCUUAAUAACCAGCAACAAGCAGCAGUUCAGCAGCAGCAACACAUGCAACUUAUGGAAAAACAGAAACAAUUCUUAAUAGGAAAAAGACAGCAGCUAAUGGCAGAACAAGAAAAGCAGCGUCAUCAACAAGAGCAGCAGCUCCAGAGGCACCUCACACGGCCUCCUCCCCAGUACCAGGACCAACAGCAAAACCCCUACCAGCAGCAGCAGGUCAACCACUUUCAAGGCACAGCGUCUUCUCAAGGUUUGGUCAACAUGGGUAACCUGGCUGCUCAGAGUGCCAGCAACCAGCGGAUGUUCUCCCAGAGUCAGGGCAUGAUGCAGAUGGGUGGAGGGCAAGCAGGUGGCCCCUCCUCUGCUGCCCCCACAGCAAGCCAACCUGAAUUGGACAUGCCUGCUUACAACAGCAUGGAUAAUGCCCAGCCGGUAAUGUAUAAUAACAUGGGUGCUGCCAACCAGUUACACCCUCACACAGCCCAGCAGAGUGCCAUGAGUGGUGCCCAGUUGCAGCCCGUGAGAAUGGGCCAAAGCAGCACUGUGCCAGCAGGCUACAGACAGAACUUAAUAGGCAGUUCUGGCUUAAUGACACAGCAGCUGAACAAGGGACCCACUAAUCAAGCACUUAUCAAGCAGCAGCAAAUGGCAAGGAUGCCCAAUGCUAUGGGUGCCCAAGCUCAGACUUGGCAGCAACAGAGUGUGCAGAGUAUGAACAACCAAACACCAGGGGGAGCAAACAGCGGUCUUGGAGUAUUUAAUAACACUGGAUUUCACAUGCAGCCACAGCCCCCAGAAAUGGCCACUCAGCAGUUUAGCCAAGCUGGCCUUGGUGUCAAUCGGCCAAUGGCUGCAAUGAACUCUGCUCUUGCUGGGCAGAUGAUUCCAACUUUGGCACAGCAAAGGACCAACCAGCCUCCUCCUCAACAGCAGCAACCACAGCAACCAGUUGCAUCUGGAAUGAAUCAGCCAGACCUGACCUGUUUUGGUCAAGCUCAAAACCCUCAAAUGGUUAACCGGGCUAAUCUUCACUGUAGUCAGGGUUACCAAGUAAGGCCAGCCAAUCAGGAACUGCCGUUUAUUUACAGCGCUCAGUCGGGCAGCUUACAGAGUUUGCCUGGGGAAAGCGACUUGAUGGACUCAUUAAUGAAAAACAGGACUACAGAGGAGUGGAUGAAUGAUUUGGAUGAGUUAUUAAGAACUCAACACUGAGUGGAAGAAGAGAGAAACUUCUAGUUUUGUAAAAAUCUUUUAAACAAAAAAACAAAACAAUUAAGGACCAAAAACCUGUGGUUUUCAGGGCUUGAAAUGACAAUGAUUAAAUUACUACUGAUUUUGUGGGUCGGUAUUAACCACUGAUUCCAUGAUGUAUGCAGGGAUGAACAUGUUUCCAAUAUAUAGAUAUAUUACUAUUCUUCAAUGUAGUAGUUCAUGUGGGCUAUAAUGCAUUAAUUGUAACACUUUGUAUAUGACUAUAAGGCAGAGUAUCUGAGUUGGUGUUAAAGCCCAUGAACAAAAUGGCUGGCAGGCCCAGUGUGUGGAGCCAAAAUCUGGGAUUGAAAAGAUCCUCAGCUAAGUCCAGCUCUAUUUAAACCUGUAUAUGCUUGUUUAGGGUCCCCCACCCUUUUAAGUAAGAAUGUCAGAUGCCCUGGUAUCUCUUUUAAAAAUAAGUUAUCACUGCAAAGGGGUAAUGUAGGUAAUCUUGUUAAGAAUUGCAGUAGCAUGUCUGAUUUCACUGUGUACUGGGGGCAAAUAACUGUUUCUUUUGGGCUCUGGAGUUAAUGCGGUCUACAUUUUAAUGCUGGAUUGUCACAUGGCAAUGAAAAUAAGAUGAGUAUUUAAGAGAAUACUCUCAAUUAAAACCUCUGCAAUGACCUCACUAUUUUGCAAAAGCCCGUCAAAUAGGUUACAGCACAUUUUACACUGUUAAAAUACUUAAGAUGUCAUCUUAUUUGGAGCCAUUUUGUUUUCUAAAAAUUGGGUGGGGGGAUUUGUUUAUUUUUAUUUAAUAGAAAUGUUAUUAAGAUCAAAACAAAUUAUGACUUCCAGGAUAUUUCUCUUAAUUUUGAAAAUAGAAAGUUUAGUUUGAAAAUUAAAUGGGGUGAAAGAUGCACACUCUGCUUUAAAGAAAUACUAAAAGAAAUCUAAUAAAUUCAGUGACACAUGUUUCAACAUUGAAGACCUUGAGAGAUUCACUGUAUUCAUUUGAAUGCAUUUAGUUUCUUUUAGAAUUUCUGAAGGUAGCGUGGUUGCGUUUUUAAUGGUUCUGGAUUCACGCUAUACCUCCUUGGGUAUUUACGGAAUGAGAUUGCAACACAAAUGUAUUAUGGUAACAAAAAAAUGAACUACCACAAAUGUAUUGUAAUCAUGAACAAAACUAUAAUUAUUUUUUGGCAAUCAUGUUUAAAUGAACAAAUUUGCUUUUUGUGUCCACAGUAUUUCCGAUCAUAAUUCAUCAUUAACAAAUGACAUAACGCAGCCUUCGGGAUAUUGUAAUGUAUUUUAACUAGGACCUGGAAACUAACUGUUAAUGCCCUGAAACUAUGUUUGCUUUUCAUGCAAAACAUUGUAGUUAAUUUACUCAUGGUUGCAGGAUAACUCGCACUUUUCCACAGUAAGUUUGUGAAGCUGUAUUUUAUUAGUAACUGUGCUGAAGUAUCCAUUUGGUUGAAGCUGCAGGGUAUGCCGCUAUUGAAAGAGGGUCAUAAAAUAAAUACACCAGUCAGGAAUUUUAAGUGCAAUUGAGAAAUUCACAAACUUGUUUUUGUCUGCGCGAAGCUAUUGCACUAUUCAGGUGUCAUCUUUAGUUUUAAAGUUAAAGAAUUUCAGGACUCAAAUCAACAACUUUAAACUAUUACUUAUUAAAUUAUGAACACACAAUUCCUUUUAGUUAUGACUAAACUAGACUAAGUAUUUUGUUCAUCCUUGUAUAUGUCAUGGCUUUUUUCCUUUUGUAUGUUUAAUAUACAGGGUUGUUAGAAAGUGGUAUGGUGCGUUGAUGUGGCAAACUUACUUUUUAAUCACCCUGUGUAUAUAUGUAUUUUUAUUUUGUAAGUAUGUAUUCCCUCAUGGCCAGGGAAAAAAUAGAUCCUAUUUUUAUAUGUACAUUGUUCAGAUGUUUUUGUAAGUAUUUUAUACUUUUAAUAACUAGAGGAUAUCUGUAAAAGAAAUGGUUAAAUACAGUCAUUUAGAAUAGUAGAGUGCGUUUGUGUGAUUUUUUUUUUUUUUUUAAAUGAGGUCUUAGUUUCUAUUAUUAUUUGCAAGUGUCAUACCAUGUUGGUCAAGUUGUUCCCGAAGAAACCAAUACACAGUGGUGCAAAGGCAGGUGGCCCAGUGAGCACACUUAAUAAUUUAUCCUGAAUAUACUGCACUAAUCAACUCCAUGAAGAACAUAUAUCAUUGUCUGCAUUUUUUUUCUAGGUUUCACUAUGUGCCAGGGAAUGGGGGUCAAAAGUCAGUAAAAUUUAGUUUUCUAAGAAAAUGAUUAGUUAUGUUCAUAGUAAGACAUCAUAACUAGAGACUGGAGGUUGUUGUCCAGUGGUUUAAAGAAAAAGUCAUGUAACUAGCAGGUUUCCGGUUCAAUUCACCGCUCAGCCGCUGACUCAUUGUGUGACCCUGAGCAAGUCACUUAACCUCCUUGUGCUCUGUCUUUGGGCCGAGACGUUGUUUUAUAAGUGACUAUAUAGCUGAUGCAUAGUUCACACACCCUAUUUGCUGUAAGUUGCCUUGGAAAAGGUUUCUGCGAAAUAAAGA